AUGGCAACCCCCGAGCCAGAAGAUCCAGCCCACCAGGGGGGGCCAAUAAGCCCCGCCGUUGCGAGCCCUGAAGCUAUCAAGGAAGAAUUCAUCACACAGCGCAUGAGGACCUGGCUGACGAAGGAGCAAUGCAUACUGCCACACCACGAUGGUCUAGCCAAAUUCUAUGCCAUGCGUACGGAUACUUCAAAGGCCACCCCAGAAGCCUUGGAUGUCCUCGCCAUCUCCUGCAAAAAAGGGUACAGAUUCAUUUCCUUGGAUGACGGUCCGAAUACCGACCCGCAGCUCAAAGAGCGAAUCGAAACUCUUGGAAAAUGGUGUGCCAAUCCGGCGAACAAGCACAUCUUGGUGGAAAUAGAAGCACUUUUGGUUCAAGAGGUCCAGGACAAGGUUUGGUGGUUGCCUGAAGAGGAGGAGGAUACCAUCUUGAAGCUGGGCAUCCUCGAGAGAGUCAAGCAAUACGCCCGGCUGUGUGCCAAAACGAGAUUGAUGGACUUGGCGACAGUGGAUACACCAGAGACAACCAAAAGCGCCCCCAUUCAUCAGUGCAAGUUCUGCAUCUGCAGCGUAGACAAGCAGGGGGCUGUGUCGGUGGCAUGGAAAUAUCUUCCCUGGUCCGCCUCGCUACGGGACUUCAUUCACCGGGUCAAUGACACCCCGUCCUUCGAGUUCGAAGAUGCUCUCCCCCGACUGCUGAAGCGGCUCGAUUUUCUCGACGGUCUCGAGAAAGUGGCCGACCAGGUUGAGACCAUCAAGAAGUCCCUCGAGGUAGAGCCGAGUCCCGAGAGCAAGACAACCUGGGCCUGUUCGCUUUGCGACAAGGAGACACUCAACGUGGCGACACGUACCUGGACCCCGAUUGCCUCGGAGGAUGACUUUGCAAAGAUCCUGGAGGUUGCCAAGAGAGAUGAGAAAUUGCUGCUCUUCAUGCGGCCGUGGCAGGACCGUCUGUACAGAAUUUGCCGUGAAAUCCAGCAACUCGAGAAUGACCCCUUUCCCAGUUCCGACGAUGAGUGGGAUCCGUUUGUGUUGGAUCAAUAUUGCGUGGCCGAAGACGAAGAUUGA